CUGACAGCCAAAAACCCUCUUUCUCUUUUCUCUCCAAUCGAAAAUUGGUCAGCAAAUCUCACUACCGUCCUCGCAAAGCCUAUUGGCCAUAUCACUGCUGAUUCGGAAAACGCUCGCAAAGCAACUUUUGUAUUAUGUAUAGGUUAUAUCCACUUACCAAUAUACGUAGUACAAAACAACCAGCCAAAGUCACAGAACCAAGUGUUUUACAAAGUAAGCCCAACAGCAACAGACGGGACGGGGGCUGUGCAAGACGUCAGCGCGAACAAGAGAAAACAUGUCAGCCUGGGCGGUCAUGUUGAAGGACGAAAAUUUCGUCCAACCAUCAUCACCAAGGGCAACAGUGACAUAGAAGUUUCCGCCACGCUGGUCGCCUGGAGAAAUCAUGAAAGCAACAUAUAA